CCCCAGCCCGCGCCGCCGCGAUGGCGGAGGACAGCGAGUCCGCGGCCAGCCAGCAGAGCCUGGAGCUGGACGACCAGGACACGUGCGGGAUCGACGGGGACAAUGAGGAGGAGACGGAGCACGCCAAGGGAAGUCCCGGAGGUGAUUUGGGUGCCAAAAAGAAAAAGAAGAAACAGAAGAGAAAAAAGGAGAAACCGAAUUCCGGAGGCACCAAGUCAGACUCGGCAUCUGAUUCCCAGGAGAUUAAAAUUCAGCCGCCUUCAAAAAAUCCCACCAUUCCAAUGCAGAAGUUGCAGGAUAUCCAGAGGGCAAUGGAGCUGUUAUCCGCAUGCCAGGGCCCCGCCAGGAACAUUGAUGAGGCUGCCAAACACAGAUACCAGUUUUGGGACACGCAGCCGGUACCCAAACUAAAUGAAGUAAUAACAUCUCAUGGCGCAAUUGAAGCUGAUAAAGAAAACGUGCGUCAAGAACCGUAUUCCCUGCCGCAGGGUUUUAUGUGGGACACUUUAGAUUUGGGUAACGCCGAAGUGCUCAGGGAGCUGUACACGCUGCUGAAUGAGAAUUACGUGGAAGAUGACGACAACAUGUUCCGGUUUGACUAUUCGCCCGAGUUCCUGCUGUGGGCUCUGCGGCCCCCAGGCUGGCUCCUCCAGUGGCACUGUGGAGUCAGGGUGUCUUCGAACAGAAAACUAGUGGGGUUCAUCAGCGCCAUUCCCGCGAACAUUCGGAUCUACGACAGUGUGAAGAAGAUGGUCGAAAUCAACUUUCUUUGUGUUCAUAAGAAAUUGAGAUCAAAACGGGUAGCCCCAGUGUUGAUUCGAGAAAUAACCAGAAGAGUGAACCUGGAAGGGAUUUUCCAGGCCGUUUAUACCGCUGGAGUGGUUCUUCCGAAGCCAGUGGCCACAUGCAGAUACUGGCAUCGAUCACUAAACCCCAGAAAAUUGGUAGAAGUGAAAUUUUCUCACUUGAGUAGAAAUAUGACUUUGCAGAGAACAAUGAAGCUGUACAGACUUCCGGAUGUUACAAAAACUUCAGGCUUGAGGCCAAUGGAACCAAGAGAUAUCAAAGCUGUUCAAGAACUAACCAACAGUUACCUGAAGCAGUUUCAUCUAGCCCCGGUGAUGGAUGAAGAGGAAGUAGCCCACUGGUUCCUCCCCCAAGAGCACAUCAUUGACACUUUUGUAGUGGAGAACUCCAGUGGUAAACUAACUGACUUCCUGAGCUUCUACACGCUCCCCUCCACAGUCAUGCAUCACCCCGCUCACAAGAGCCUCAAAGCCGCCUACUCCUUCUACAAUAUCCACACAGAGACGCCACUGCUGGACCUCAUGAACGACGCGCUUAUCAUCGCCAAGCUGAAAGGAUUUGAUGUAUUCAAUGCGCUAGAUUUGAUGGAAAAUAAGACAUUCUUGGAAAAACUCAAGUUUGGCAUAGGCGAUGGCAAUUUACAGUAUUACUUGUACAACUGGAGGUGUCCAGGGACAGAGUCCGAAAAGGUUGGACUCGUAUUACAGUAGAUGGAUAUUUCUAUUUCUAGAACUCUGAUGUCAUCAUUUGUUAAUAUCCUAGUUAAUGAUUCCUGGAACUACCAUUCCAAAGAAUAAAAGCACAACCUAAGUGACAUCGAAGUGUCAGUAACAGAAAAGAUGGAAAAACAUCCACUGGUGACCAAUAGAACACAUUUCUAGCUAGAAUGUUAACAUUCAUCCUUUUUUUUCCACUGUUGACCCAUUUGUAGGAGGGAUGGAAGGAGGAUACAAAGAGCACAUUCCUCUAAUUUUCAACCUUCUGACUGUCUCUCAAUGAAGAGAAGGUACUUGUCCCUCUCUAGAAAAAUGGACCGCUUUUCUAUGGAUUGAACAGAAUCACAGAAUCGUGUAAGAAAAUCUUUGCCAUUGUGUGGAGAUAAACUGCUGCCUUUCUGUUUAUUAAGUGGGGGUCUGUGGGUCCAUGUAGCAGAAUGAGGGAGCCAUUUGGAAAGGGCUUACUUAUGUCACUGCACGUGAUCUCAUCGGGAACAUCCAUGGAACCAGCAUUUCUGUAACGCAGCGAUGAGUGGUGGGUGUUAAAGUGAAGAGUGAGAUAAAAAUGUGCUGGUUGGGGGCUUCCCUGGUGGCGCAGUGGUUGAGAUCUGCCUGCCAAUGCAGGGGACACGGGUUCGAGCCCGGUCUGGGAAGAUCCCACAUGCCGCGGAGCAACUAGGCCCAUGAGCCACAACUACUGAGCCUGCGCGUCUGGAGCCUGUGCUCCGCAACAAGAGAGGCCGUGAUAGUGAGAGGCCCGCGCACCGCGAGGAAGAGUGGCCCCCACUCGCCACAACUGGAGAAAGCCCUCGCACAGAAACGAAGACCCAACACAGCCAAAUAUAAAUAUAAAAAUAAAUAAAUUAAUUUAAAAAAAAAAGAUAGGCCUAGAGCUACAGAAAUUAAAAAAAAAAAAAAUGUACUGGUUGACUAUUUCUCUAGAAGCAAAGUUGCCAAAUCAAUAAACACACAAAUGGGUACUUUGAUCUUCAACAGGUUUGUGGAUUGGUUCCAAAGCAAGGUUUGGGGCAAGCAUUAAGUGUGUUCUCUGAAGAGCACACACCCCUGACAAACUAGACUGUUCUGCUCCUGCAGAGACUCUUUUCUUCUCAGCAACAGCCAGGAUACGUGAGGAAAAGAAAAAUCAAAGCCCUCAAGUCAGAAGACAUGCCCAGUGGAGUUUAUUAGUGCCAUCAGGACACUAAUAAUUUGAAUGUUUUUUAUUACUUAUGCAGAAUUGCACAUAUUCCUUUAUCCUGACUCUAAUUUAUCAUGAAAGCUGUCGUGCUCUAGGAAGAUGUCUUAUUUGUAAAUAAGUCUUGUGGUUUUGUUACUGAUGGUGUUUUUAUCUAGGAUUUGAAAAACCAAGUUUCUCGGUGUACAUAGAUAAUGUAUAUAUCACCAAUAGCCCAAGGGGAAGAAGAUGCUGGACAAGGCCACCUAAAAUGGCCUCGACUCAAAUACCACAAAGCAGAUACUUCUUCCUGCCUUUAUGUACCAGUGCCUAGGCCGUUCAGUCCAGAAAAACCUAAUUACCUUCGACAACAGGAUGCCCUUCCUUCAUGUUAUAAGUAGUCAAAGGACACAAUCAUACCUUAUAAAAGCCAGGCAGGAGUUAGCACACUGUGGCCCAUAAGCUAAACUCAGCACAUCACCUGUUUUUGUACAGCCCACGAGCUAAGAAUGGUGUUUACAUUUUUGAAUGGUUGAGGAGAAAAAAAAAAUAAUGUUUUGUGACACAUAAAAAUUACAGGAAAUUCAGAUUUCAGCAUCCAUAAAUAAAGUUUUAUGGGAACAAAGCCUCAUUCAUUCAUGUGUUGCCUGUACGUGGCAGGCAGAGUUGAGUUGUUCCGACAGAGACUAUGGAUCCAAAGGCCUAAACUUGGCCCUUUAGGGAAAAAGUUCUAUUGCCCCUGAUUUCCUCUGAAAAUCAGAAAGCCUCUUUCCGCAGCUUCCCCGUCAUCCUGAAGGCCACCCCACAGCUGUGGCACCCUGGGACCUCCACUAGGGGGCAUGCGUGGGCUCCGAAGUCCUUAAUUUAGGACAGCACUGUGUUCCUUCUCAAAGAUGCAAGGGAAGACUUCUCCUAUAGGAUGAUUCAAACCCAACUGCGUUACCUUUUUUUUCCUAACGUGAGGAGGAUGCCUGCAGAAGCAAAAGUGAACCAAUUCACUGAAACACCAGAAUUAAGUAAGCAAGAUUUUUAACAUAAUCCAGAGUCGAGGCUCCAGUUGGGAAUUACGUUCCGCUCAUUUUUAUGGCACAGUCUUACAUGAAGUAAGUUUUCGAAUAAUUGCAGGAUUGUCCCUCAGAAAUUGUGUCACGGGCUCACCUCAUGACAAAACUGUGGCAUUGUUCCUCUCUUCACUUACAGAAUUGCAGUUAAGAGAGUUCAUGUUCUUUUACUCAGUAAUUUUUAAAUACAGUAAUUUAUAAAUUAUUAGCACAUUUGCCGCCUUAUAAUGCCUCUUUAUAAUUUACGCAUGUUACCAAUGAGCAUUUUAAAGUAGAAAAUCAGUACAGCUGCUUGUGUUUAUAAAGUAGCCGUUAGAACUAAAUUUCAAUGCAAUAUACAGUGUCUUACAGAUUCAAAAAGCCCACACCACCCCGUGUCCUUUGUCAGUAAUGGAAAUGCUCUGGUCCAUGACGUAUCCUUGCCCACACACCCCGCCUUUUUUUGGUCAAGAUGGCAUUCAGUAAAUUUAAAUGGAGGUGGCAUAAUCCACAGAUCAACCAGAAUUUAGGCUGAAAAUAAACUUUGGCAAGCCAGUACCUUCCCCGUAAAUUACAGAAAGCACCUUUACCAAACACAUGCUGUAAAGAGCAGAUACUCUAACAUAGAGCAUUGACUCUGCGCCAUACACUAACACGAGUGACCCCUGUCAUGGCAGACCCACCUCUGAGCACCCAAGCUCCUCCGCUUAUUUUUUUAUUCUCUUCCUGCUUUAUUUCACCUAAUUACCAUCAUACUUUGGAUACAUGCUAAAGUCCCAAGGAAGUAAGUUAACCGUGUAAAGGGGUGAAUUCUAACUAGUCAGAAUACCUUAUCUGGCAAUUUUGAUAAAUGUUUAGCCUUUCUCCCAAGCCCACGCUUAGGCCUGCCUACAAAGAAAGGCAAACUGACAGUAAAAAAUAAUAAUGUAUUUUUUCUGAGGACAAUGUAUUGCUUGGCAUUUACUAUCUUUCCUUUACAACUGCUGGUGCACCUGCCAUCCAGUUUCAUCUCCCCCGCCAACUAGAACCGUGUUUGUGUGGCCUGUUUGCCAAGUUUGGAUAGAAAGAUGUCCAGCGUUGCAGGAUAGAUGUUCCUGCUCACAAGCAUUGUGCCAGCCUUUUAAAUAGUGAAUUUAUACAAGCA